UAAACAUUAGUCAUAUUUUGUAUUGUUACAAAUGAAUAGCAAUAUUUAUUUAUUUUAUCAAUUAACUAUUUUAGUUAAUUAGUUCACAUGGUAACUAAUUCAGUUUUGAAGUUAUCAUUUUGAUACUGUGGCAGAUAUAUCGAUUCAUAGUUACGUAGUUUCUAGUGAUAUGGGGUACAAUAUGACAAAAUUUAAGUCUCACUUUCCUGUACUCGAUAUCAUCCGAACUUUGUAAUAUUAUGGCAGAAUUUAGUAUUAGUCAAGAAUUUGGGUAGUCAAGCUAAUUAGAAAUGCGACCAUAUGUUUGUUGAUGUCCUCAACACUCUACACGUGUUCACUUAUGUAAAACAUGAUAAAUUAUGAUAUAUGGUUAGUUAUUUGCAAACUGAUUCUACCAAUUCACAAUGGUUCCUCAAGCCAACACUCAUACUAAAUUAAUAGUAAUCAAUAAAUGUUCAUUAAAUGAUGGCGUAAAUCAGAAAUAACCGAAAAAAAGAUUUUUAUUUUGAAAAUGAUUAAAAUGUGUGGAUAAACUGAUAAGGACAUAAUUCAAUAACAAAGUUACUAUGCCUUAUCCUAACAGAUAAUAUAUAGCGGUUUCCAAUUCCUAUGACUCCCCAUCGGUUACCUUAUACCCCGUUUAACUGGCAAUUAAAGGUCCUAAAAUGAACAACUUGUGUACAAGCAGGCGUAACCUACUUCUAAUUAAUUUUAAAUAUAUUAUUGCCAUACUAGUCGUUAAUAUUGCAUGACGGUCCUUGAAAUUUCACCGUAUUACAUUUGAACAUUCUUUCAGAUACGUUAGUCGAACUAGACUUAAUAAAACAAUUCCUUCAGCUCUAACAAGAUCCUCUAAUAAGGAUAUAUAUGACUGAUUCAUCCAAAAGAUAUUCAAAUACAUAAGUCUUAAUUACUUUGUUAACAAAUUUACUCGUUUUGUCUUCUUAUGAAGUGAUUCAUAUUAACAGGUGAACAUAUGCGUUAAGCUGAAAAUGUUAAAAAUAAGUAAAUUACCUUUAUGCUAAAAGACGUUUAAUGACUUAAUUAGUAUAACAUGUUACAUCCAUGUUAUGCAACAAAAUACUGCAAAAUACAUAAUCGGUGUUUUUCGUUUCCAGAAUUCAAGUUUUAGGCUCGGUCAUAUAUGGGAAUGAUUUCAUUUUAAUCGUUUUGUGUGUAAGCAAGUUGCACAUUAAACUUGAUAUUAUGAUGUUACGUGUUCCGAGAUUUGUUUUGUUGCAAUAUUGACUAGUCAGUUGGAUGUACUACUCUGUUCAAUGACUAUACAAACCGCGAUCAUACAAGCUUACUUCUACGAAACUAAAAACAUAUCAAUCUUAUUCCCUUGAAAAUACUCACUAGGUGAGUAAAUGUAAAUCUAUCGUUUCGAUGUUUUUAUUGCUUAAAAUAUUUCCGAAUAUUUUCUGAAGUCAAGCUUCUUAGAAGCCAUUUCAUCCUCGGCAUUAUCCCAGCCCUCAAUCAAACGGUUUAUCCUGACAAAAACAGUUAUUUCUUUACUAUAUGUUCUACUUAUUGAUCCCUUUUAGCAUUUCAUGAAUUUCUUAAUCAUUACUGGCUACAUAUUGAUCUUCUCUAGUAAUUUUCAAUAUUAUUAUGUUGGUUUAUUCAAGAUACAACAAUGUUAAAUUGAACAGAAAAUGACCUAUUUCAGAAUUGAUUUUGAUCAAAAUACUCUGGCAUAUCAACACUUGUAAUUUACAGUGUGAUGUUCAAACAUGUUUGAUGUACAUAAUUACUUGUGGGCAUGAACACAUUCAUACUGUUUGGCGUGUCUAAUUAUAAUUGUUAACCAUUCUGUUCAUUUUUAUUUAUUUAUAGAAAAGAUAAUUAACUUACAAAAGUGAAAAAAGCACCACUAAGAUAAAAUGCUUGAAGAACUAAAUAUUGGUGAUUUAAAUGAUGUGCACAAUGAUAAUAAAACAGGAAAAUGGACUUCAUCCAAUGAUCGGAGUAGAUUAUCACGUUAUCGUGAAAGUUAUUGUUCUGAUGUGGAUUUACUGCCCUCACUGUGCACAAAAUGAUUUUAUUCACUUAGCUCGGAAAAAUUAUGAACCAUUAAGAAAUAGUGAUAGAGAUAACGUUAAGGUAGUUAACAAUAAUAGCGGCAGUGAUGAUAAGAGUGAUGAUGAUUAUAAUGAUGAAGAGAAUCUUAUGAACUGGUUACUGAAACAGUUUAGGGAGAAUGGUUUAGAUUACAAUGACAAUAACUUAAAAAAUGAUGACUUAGAGAAAAUCGAUGCAUUUAAUUAUGUGAAGCGAUUAAAUCACAAAACAUCAACUAUCCCACAUAAUCUACCAAUAGAUGAUUCUAAUUCAUCUAUUUCAAGUUAUCAAGCUACAAUCGAUUCAAAGAAAUCAAAAACACAAAAUGAGCACUUAUUGAGUAAUAAUAAUAAUAAUUUUAGUAAAGAACAAUUUGGUCAUAAACAAUAUCAUCAUUUUCCUCGCAUGUAUCCACCUGUCAGAGAUUCAUCAGUCGAGUCUAGAAAGUUGUGCCAAAGGAAUAAAUCAAACAAUUCAAUAAUGACAACAGCAACAACAACCACAACAACUAACCCACCUAUAGAAUCAGUGAAUUCAACUAUGCUAAAAACAAUAAACAAUACAAAACAUCAAUGUCAACUUAUCAAUGGUUUAUUUCAUCAAAUAACUAAAAAGUUGACUUGUUUACAUGAAUUCGACAAGCAAGUUAUUAAUGAACUUCAAAAUGCUAGCCAAAUCAUAAGUGAUUUACAAAAAACAAUAAAAUUUUCUGAAUCUUCAUUAUUGAACUCAUUACAUUAUCAAUUAAAUGAACAUUUUUGUCAACCUAAAAUAUUUAAAACAGAAUUUUAUAAAACUACAAAUAAUUUUAAAAAGAAAACUGGAAUAAAAGAUUUUUCUAAAAAGAAAAUUUAUAAUUUAGAUGAAAAUUUGAAAAGAUCAAUUAUAGAUGAACAACAAUCAUAUCCAGUAUAUAGUUCAAAAUUAGAUUGUCGAUCACCUGCGGAAAAGAAUCCAGUUAAACAGGAUGACUGGAAAAGUCCUAUUACAGAGAAAAAUGAACGUCAUUCAACACAAAGAAAAUUCACAGAAUCACCAUGGGGACCAGUAUCAGUUCAACAAGCAAAAAAAUUAACAAAAGAUUUUGAUCAAUGCCCGAAAGUCAUUGGUCAAAACAAUAACAAUCGUAAAAAUAAUCACCUUAUAACAAAUGAUAAUUAUUCGAAAUGGUUAAAAUCUUCGAAAUCUUCAAUGAGUAAUAAUAAUUUAGAUAAAUUGAAUGAAUCUAUUUAUCAAACUAAUGAUGUAACUGAUAAAAAGUAUAAUUUGUCAAAUGAACGAUAUUUUAGCCAAUUAACUUUACCAAUCUAUUCAACUUUUUCCAGUACUAAAUCAAAUACAGUCUAUUUGAAUACAUCUAAAGAAUUUAAUGUUUCAGAGAGUAAUUCAAACAAAUUCACCACAACCAAAGGUAUUCAAUCUUUGUUUAGAUUACCAUUUAAAAGAAAAGCAAGUACACCUGGACCGAAUAUUCAAUUUGUAGAACACCCAUUAAAAUCUCAUGGACGUUCGGCUAGUUUAGCUCAAUUGAAUACAUCAAGUGAAAAUCCAUCUGUUAUGUCUGUAUCAAAUGAUCAAUUGAAUAAAAGUACUAAUAAAUUAAACGUACCAUAUAUUAAACCUUUACUACUUAAAGAAUUGUCGAAAAUUUGAAAUUGAGAAACCAUUGAAAUGACCAUAUUUUUAUUUUAAAAAAUAUUUUAAAAAUCUUAAAAAUCCUUAAAUAAAAUCAAUUGUGACUUUCUGCUUUAUAAUCUGCGUUCAAUAUAAUGCUGCUAAUAAAUAUUUUGUCCGUAAGAAUAUAAUCAACAAAA